GUGCAAGUCACUUGGUGCACAAGACUGCCACGUGGUUUCGGCGCGCCGAGAGCCAGCGCCGGAGCAGGUGGCGGCGCCGCCACGUCGUGCACAUAAUCCCAGACGCAGCGAUGCAACUCGUCCUUCUCUUGCUGGUGCUCGCGCCGGCGGUCGCCGACUGGUCGUGCAUGCGCGUGAACAGCGCAAUCGACGCCUUCCGCCUCAACGCCGACGGCGACGUCGAGUGCGGGUCGCUCGACGGGCGCAGCUGCAACUGGGUCAAGACCUCAAGCAAGUGCGAUAGCUCGCCCAGCGACGCGCUCGCUUGCGGCGCGAUGCACAAGAAGCUCUACGGCAUCACGGGCUACGACGAUCCGAGUCAUUGGUGCUACAAGGUCCGCCUCGUCCUGAGUCCCGUGACCGACACGCCCGUGACGGAUGCACCAACAACCCUCGCACCAACAACCCUCGCACCAACAACCCUCGCACCAACAACCCUCGCACCAACAACGCUGGCGCCAACGACUGUAGCGCCAACGACUGUAGCGCCAACGACUGUAGCGCCGCGUCCGACGACCGCGAUGCCGUCCAAGGCGCCCGCCACGCCGUCGGCGACAGUCGCGACCACCGCACCGACCUCGCUGGACGUCGAGCCGUCGUCGAACGGUAGCACAACCGAGGCUCCACGCCCCACGACGUCGACCGUGCUGCAACCAGCCGACGCCACGUCCACCUCGAGCGGGGUCAUGGGCACAGUGGGCUACCUCGUCUUGGCACUCGGCGCGCUCGUGUGCGUCGGCGCCAUUGCGUUCUUUCUUUUGCGCCGGCGAAAGAAGCACAAGGAGCAGCUCGACUCGCUCAUGUGGGCCGAGACGCACAAGUCGCUCCACCAGAUCGACGCCAAAGCGCAAGUGGCCGAAGGCUACUACUCGCAAGAGCCCGCCAAGCCACCGCCGCCCAGUGGCACGUUCUCGGCGCGCGUGACCGAGCAGUCGUGCGACAUUGAAGAUGGCUUUGACGCGUACAUGCCAGCCUUUGACACGAUCUACAGCAAUGAAAACAGCAGCUUCCUCGUCCAAGCGGCCAAGGCCGACGCCGACCUCCUGGAAGAGCUCGAGCUCUGGCGCCUCGACGGAGCCCUCCUCACCCUCACGGAGCAGCUCGCCUCGAGCCAGGACAAGGAGGUGUGGCGCGGCGUCUACGACGACGAGGUGGUUGCGGUCAAGAGCCUCAAGGUGCACUCGAUGGAGAACGCGACGGCCAAAUUCGUGCACGAGAUCCAAAUCCUCAUGAAGCUUGACUGCCCCAAUAUUGUGGCCAUGUACGGCGUCAUUUACUCGCCCGAGAACGUCUCGGAGAGCGUCCAACUGGUCUACGAAUUCAUGGACAAUGGCAACCUCGCGCAGUACCUCGCUCGCACCCCGGUGCACGAGAUGCACUGGACCGAGAAGGUCCGGUACGCGAUCGAUAUUGUCAUCGGCCUCCAGUACCUCCACGCCCGGGGCAUCAUCCACCGCGACCUCAAGUGCAAGCACGUGCUCGUCAACUCCAACAUGCAGGUCAAGCUCACGGACUUCAACGGGUCGCGCGAGACCGACGUCUUUAUGACGCAAGGCGCCGGCACCUUGCGCUGGACGGCCCCCGAGGUGUACACGGGCAGCUCGUACACGGUGGCCGCCGACAUUUACUCGCUCGGCAUGAUCUUCGUCGAGCUGGAGACGCACCUGACGCCGUUCGCAAAGGAGGUGACGUCCAAGGGCCGGCCGCUCAACGACUUUGAGAUCAUGCAGCGCGUCCAAGACCAGUCGCUCGUACCGCACUUUCCAGCCGAGAGCCCGUUUCGAGAGAUGGGGCUGCAGUGCGUCGCGUGGGACCCGCAGCUGCGCCCGACGCCCGACGAGAUCAUCACUGCGCUCGAAAACGAGCUGCAGCGCGCGACCAUGUCGUUUUAAUAUCGUGGUAAUAUAUAGGUGUAGGGUUGUGUUGAUUCUGCGCUCUGGGACAAUUACAAAAA